AUGGCCAUGAUCAACAAGAAGAACCCAGAGGAGGCCAUGAUCGCCUCGCUAAGGGCUCGCUACACUGACGACGUCCUGGCCAAGAUGAUUUUCGAGGCCAAGGCCAUGCCGAAGACCGCUAAGAUCGCCGGUAAAUUGGAGACUUCGCGGAUCCAAGCCUGGGUGAAGAGCCACGAGACUGUGGACGACGUCUUCAUGCUGCUAAAGCUUGAUGAGGCGGGCGAGAAUCUGUUUCGCACCCCGCAGUUUAGCUCCUGGGCCGCGUUUGUGACCACAAGCGCGCCGAAGAACCCGGAGGUGCCCAUGGUGAUGCUGUUAAAGGCUCGAUACAAAGAUGAAGCGCAAUUAGCGAGGAUGAUUGAAUCAGCCACGAAGGUCCCGAGAACCGAAGACAUCGCUACAAAGCUGCAGACGGAUCUGCUAAAUCGCUGGCGUCUGGAUCGUAAAUCGUCGGGUGAUAUUUUGAUGCUGCUGAAGCUCAACAAGGCAGGGGAUGAUAUUAUUGGACGCCCCGAGUUCAACACGUGGGCUCUGUACACGAGCUUCAUCAGCGAAAAGGUGCCGGAACGGGCCAUGAUCUCGACCUUGACGGCCAGUUACGGAGAUGAAGCACUGUCGAAGAUGCUGGAGACGGCGAAGCACGUCCGAGAGACGAAGGUCAUGGCCACAAAUCUACAGAACGCUCAGUUUAAGAACUGGCUGGACCAAGACUUCACCCCCCAGAAGGUUCUCGAACUGCUGGGCAUGAAGGAUAAACUGCGGGAGCCGAAUGCGAUUGUUUGGUACGUAUAUAAGGCAAACUACGAGAUAGCGCAGGCGGCCAAGAAGACCAAGGUCUAG